AAUAACAUUGACCACCCCCAAAACGAAGCAGUUUUAAUUACAUAUGUAUUGGUUGUUCUCUCUUGUGCACUAAAAGUAAUUAUAUCUUCUCUUCUUAGUCCUCUCUGCACAAAGAAAUGUUGCUGAAAAUUGCAACAAUUUUCUUGAUAGGCUUUUUGGCCUUAGCAUACCAAGCCAUUAACCCUCCACCCCCAAGAACAUGUGGUUCACCAGGUGGUCCACCCAUCACAGCGCCAAGAAUUAAGCUCAGAGAUGGAAGACACUUAGCCUAUAAAGAGCAUGGUGUUCCUAGAGAAGUGGCCAAGAAGAAGAUUGUAUUCUUACAUGGGUUUGGUUCUAGUAGACAUGAUGCUGUGAUCGUAACAAAUCCUCCCCAAGGACUUCUUGUGGAACUUGGAGCAUACAUUGUGUCUUUUGAUAGACCAGGGUAUGGGGAAAGUGAUCCUGAUCCUAAUCGAACGGUGAAGAGUUUGGCUCUUGAUGUUGAAGAGCUUGCAGAUACGUUGGGACUGGGAGCUAAGUUCUAUGUCAUUGGAUUUUCUAUGGGAGGACAAGCUGUCUGGGGUUGUCUCAAGUUCAUUCCUCAUAGACUAGCUGGGGCAACACUAAUGACUCCAGUGGUGAACUAUUGGUGGCAUAACCUUCCUGGGAACAUGUCAACAAAGGCCUACUACGAGCAACCCAGAAGAGACCAAUGGGCAGUGAGAGUUUCACACUACUUUCCAUGGCUCACAUACUGGUGGUUCACUCAGAAAUGGUUUCCUUCAUCAAGCGUUGUGCAACGUAAUCAUGCUGUUUACUCCGAUCAAGAUUUAUCAAUCAUUUCCAACUUCUUAAUUAAAAGAGAACAUCAGUCACAGGUGCAGCAGCAAGGAGAAGCUGAGUCCAUUUGUCGUGACAUCAUAGUUGGGUUUGGAAGUUGGGGUUUUGAUCCUCUUGAUAUUGAUAACCCUUUCCCAGAUAACACAGGCCAUGUUCAUCUAUGGCAAGGUGAUGACGAUAAGCUUAUCUCUGUUACAUUGCAACGCUAUAUUGCGCAAAAUAUUCCGUGGAUUCAAUACCAUGAAGUGCCAGGUGCUGGACACAUGUUUCCAUACUUGGAGGAAGUGAGGGCGAAUAUCAUCAAAACGCAAUUAUUGGACUAAAAAUACUUUGCUAGCUGAAUAUUGUUGAUUUUGGAUUGGUUAUUUUAUCAAAUUCAGAGACACGAGUCCAAGUUGUGUGCAAUCUUAGUAGAAAUUUAGGAUCAUUUAUUUUGAAAAAAUAUUUUACUUUUAUUUCAUGUUUUUACUUUUAUUUA